GCUGCUACUUAACUCAAUACAAAAAUGUUUUUUCAACUCUUUCUCCGUUUUGUCAACCAUCUUUCUACCAUGGCGGUGGGUUUCAGAUCAGUGAUAGUACACCGGAUCCCAGUUUUGAAGAAGUACAUGGAAAGCAGUCGCCCAGCAGAAGUGAUACUCGGUGAGCAGGAGAGCCUUCCCUGCAUCGCGCCACUGCUGGCCACGGUGGAGGAGACUCCACACAUGGUCCCCGCCCAAGUCCGAGGGCAUUUUCCUCAGUGGCUCAACGGCUAUCUACUUCGAAUUGGACCUGGGAAAUUUGAGUUUGGGAAGGACAAGUACAUUCACUGGUUCGAUGGAAUGGCUUUGCUUCACCAGUUUAAGAUGGAAAAGGGCACAGUGACAUAUAGGAGCAAAUUUCUACAGAGUGACACAUAUAAGGCCAACAGUGUUCAUAAUCGAAUUGUAAUCUCAGAAUUUGGCACACUGGCUCUCCCUGAUCCAUGCAAGAAUAUUUUCGAACGUUUCAUGUCCAAGUUUAAGCUGUCUGUAACUGACAACACCAAUGUCAACUAUGUGCGGUACAAGGGGGAUUACUACGUCAGUACUGAGACCAACUUUAUGAAUAAAGUGGACAUUGAAACCCUGGAAAAAACAGAAAAGGUAGACUGGAGUCAAUUCAUUGCUGUGAAUGGAGCAACUGCCCACCCUCAUUAUGACCCAGAUGGAACUGCAUACAACAUGGGGAACUCCUAUGGACCACAUGGUUCUUGCUAUAAUAUUAUUCGGGUUCCUCCAGAGAAGGUGGACCUUGGGGAUACAAUCCAUGGAGCCCAAGUGAUAUGUUCUAUUGCUUCUGCAGAGAGUUUGAAACCUUCUUACUACCAUAGCUUUGGAAUGACAACGAACUACAUAAUCUUCAUUGAACAACCUCUAAAGAUGAAUCUGUGGAAACUUGCCACUUCUAAGAUUCGGGGAGAGGCCUUUUCAGAUGGUUUAAGCUGGGAGCCCCAGUACAACACACGGUUUCACGUGGUCAAUAAGCACACUGGACAGCUUCUUCCAGAAAUGUACUUCAGUAAACCUUUUGUUACGUUUCAUCAAAUUAAUGCUUUCGAGGACCAGGGCUGCAUUGUAAUUGAUUUGUGCUGUCAAGAUAAUGGAAGAAGCAUAGAAGUUUACCAACUGCAGAAUCUCAGGAAAGCUGGGAAAGGGCUUGCUCAGGUCUAUAAUUCAGUAGCCAUAUCUUACCCUCGAAGGUUUGUUUUGCCCUUGCAUGUCAGUUCGAAUGCCCCCAAGGGAGAGAACCUCAGCCCACUGCCCUACUCUUCAGCCAGUGCUGUGAAGCAGGCUGAUGGCAAGAUUUGGUGCACUUAUGAAAAUCUAUAUCCCAAGGACUUAGAAAAGGAAGGAGGUGUUGAAUUUCCCCAGAUCAACUACGGUCAAUUCAGUGGCAAAAAGUAUCGUUUCUUCUAUGGCUGUGGCUUUCGGCAUUUGGUGGGCGAUUCUCUGAUGAAGGUCGACGUGGUGAGCAAGACGCUGACGGUUUGGAGAGAAGACGGCUUGUACCCUUCAGAGCCUGUUUUUGUUCCAGUGCCAGGCACCAGUGAAGAAGAUGGUGGGGUUAUUCUUUCUGUGGUGAUUACCCCCGACCAGAAUAAAAGCAACUUUCUCUUAGUCUUGGAUGCCAAGAACUUUGAAGAACUGGGCCGAGCAGAGGUGCCCGUGCAGAUGCCUUAUGGGUUUCAUGGAACCUUCAUAGCGACCUGAUGGAAGAACCACGAGAUCUGGGAACUAGGGUUAAAAUGAAUGUGCUCCGUCCAGGAGAUCAAAAGAGGCACCUUACUUUCAAAGCACAGAUGUCUGGUUUCUAAAUUUCUAUCAAAAACAGAA